AUGAGGCCAGAAAUAGCAAAUCUUAUCACUCCAAUGAUUUAUCCAACAUUAAAGAGUGCACCAUCUGUUUACCAAUAUGAGAAGGUGAAAGGGAUCACAAAAAACCUGUUUUUCAUCAAUCACAGAUUUCAUGAAGAAGAGGUGUCUGAAAUAGUCAGCUGCCGAAAUUUGUUUGAAGCAGAAUUCCUAAUCGCUCUUUGCAGAUACCUUUUACUUCAAGGAUAUGAAGAAACUGAAAUUACCAUAUUGACAACUUACUCUGGGCAAAUGUUCUACUUGAGGAAACUAAGAAGGGAAUCUGGUGCACUACAAAACAUUCGAAUAACUGUUGUAGAUAACUUCCAAGGAGAAGAAAACAAAAUAAUUUUACUGUCAUUGGUACGGAGCAAUGAGGAUGGCAAGAUUGGUUUCCUUAAAGUUGAAAACAGAGUAUGUGUAGCCCUCUCAAGAGCUAAAGAAGGCUUUUACAUAAUUGGUAACAUGGACACUCUAACUAAGAGCAGCCAAAUAUGGCCAAAAAUAAAUGAAACGCUCAUGAAACAAGAUGCAUUUGGCUCUCAUCUGACAUUAAAAUGUCAGAUACAUCCAACUGAGGAAACAAAGGUGGCCUCAGCAGCUGACUUUAAGGCUGUUCCUGAAGGAGGUUGCAGCCUUCCUUGCGAGGCAGAUCUUCAGUGUGGCCACAAAUGUCAGAGUGUGUGUCAUGUAAGGAACAGAUUCCAUGAAAAUUAUAAGUGCUACUUUCCUUGUGAAAGGAUUCCGCAGCAAUGUCCGUUGGGCCACAAGUGUCUUAAGAAAUGUUUCCAAGAUUGUGGAGAUUGUAAGAUGCCUAUGGAGAAGGUGCUUCCUUGUACACAUGUAAAGACCUUAGCUUGUCAUGUCAAUGCUAGUGUGUACCAGUGUCAGGAAGUAGUGGAAGCUGUACUGGAACCAUGUAGUCACAAAACUAAGAAACUUUGUUUUCAAGAUAUUCAAAAAGUGCAUUGUCCAUUUCCAUGUGAAGACAGGCUUGUUUGUGGACAUAGCUGUGUGAGAAAUUGCCAUGCAGGAGAUGAUCCAGACCAUCUUGAGUACAAAUGUAAUAAACCUUGUGAAAAAAACAAUGCUAGUUGCAAAAAAAAUCACAAGUGCUACAAGAAGUGUUACGAGGAAUGUGGAGAAUGUGUUGUCGAAGUCAAAGUGCAACUAAGUUGUGGACAUACCCAUCAGGUACAUUGCAGUUCUGAUCCAUCAGAAGUGAAAUGUCGUAGGAACUGCAAGCGUACAAUGGAAUGUGGGCACAAAUGUCGUCUUCUCUGUUUUGAGCAGUGUGGAAAUUGUCCAGUUGAGGUACAAAAAGUUAUUCCAGACUGUGGACAUGAAGUUCCUGCAGAAUGUUCUCAAGAACCCACACGUAAUAUGUGUAGAAAGACUUGCAAAAGACUUCUCCCAUGUGGACAUCAUUGUAAGAGCAUGUGCCGCAAUCCAUGCACUUCACAGUGUGAGGAACUUGUACACAGUCACAUUAGACCAGUAUGUGGUCAUGCUGUCGAAAUUCCAUGUUAUCUGAGAAGCAAAGGAUUAUCAUCAUACAGUGCCAAGUUGUUAUCAAGGUGUGAAAUGCCUUGUGGGAAAGUCCUGGAAUGUGAACACAUGUGUGCUGGGACUUGUGGUAAAUGCCAUCAAGGUCGUUUACAUUUGCCAUGCCAGGAAAAGUGUGGUCGUCUGCAAAUAUGUGGACACGGCUGCAAUGUUGAUUGUGCAAAUAGUUGCCCGCCUUGUAAGCAGAAGUGCGAAUAUCGAUGCAAGCAUUCACGUUGCAGUUUGAAAUGCGGUGUUCCUUGUACACCCUGCAGGGAACCAUGUGAAUGGCGCUGUAAACAUACCCGAUGCACAAUGCUUUGCUAUGAGCUUUGUAAUCGUUCUCCCUGUUAUGAACCCUGCGAGAAAAAGCUUAAAUGUGGCCAUGAUUGUGUUGGCUUCUGUGGUGAACCAUGCCCUCCUUUAUGUAGAAUUUGUAAUGAAGAAGAAUUAACAACAAUUUUCUUUGGCUCAGAAGAUGAAGAGGGUGCCAGAUUUGUGUAUCUGGAGGAUUGCAAACAUACUAUCGAGUCUAAGGCAUUGGAUGAGUGGUUGAAACAGCAAAACGUUGAAAUAGGUCUCAAAAGCUGCCCGCUUUGUAAAACAUCAAUAAAGAGAACCUUGCGAUUCUUAAAUUAUUUGAAAAUUUCAUAUAUUGACAUCCAAAAUAUAAAGAAAAAAGUCUUUGGUAAUCUGAAAGAUAAUGAUGCAAAGAGGGAACAACUGAAUACUGCAUUGAAAGGAAUAGUUGUUCCACACAUAGUAAGACGAGAAAGUACUGAAAUACAGGAGAUGCUAACAUUACUGCAUUCUAACCUACAAAAUGUACAGAGGAAAAGACAAAUCUUCCUUUCAAAAAUGGACCUUGACUCAUUAUCCAUUAAAGUAGAGUUUGUCUCAAAACUUCUCGAAACCAUGAACAUCUUUCAUAAAGCUUUGAAUGGAGAACCAUGUAAAAAACUUAUGAAGCAAUUUGACAGGCUGAUUUAUUUGAUGAGAACAAGGAAUACAAACAUGAGCCAACAGGAGGUAAAUGAUUUUAAUUUAGAAAUAAACAGAUUUAUGAGAGUAGCUCAGUUCCGUAGUAUUGAGAGCAGCAACAGUUUCAAAACAUCCCAAUCUGAUGGUGUUGUUAUGGAUUUACACAAAAAAGCUGUGCAAGAAGUAAAAUCUAUUGAAAGAUAUACACCUAUACGGGACCAGAAACUGAAAGAAAUUUUGGAAAAACUGAACAAACAGUUGAAGGUCAUCACUGGAGAUAUUGAAAGAAUAAGGAGAGAAGUUGUGAAAGCAGUAGGUGAACGAUCUGGUCACUGGUUCAAAUGCCAAAAUGGACAUUACUAUGUUAUUGGAAACUGCGGAGGAGCAGUACAUGAAGGAAGAUGUCCAGAUUGCAAAGCUACAAUUGGUGGUGUAGGCUAUCGGCUACAUACGGGCAAUCGUCAUGCUGGGGAACUUGAUGGGUCAGCACGUCCAGCUUAUCCUAAUAUGUGAACACUUUUUUAAGAGUGUGUAUAUGUGUACGCAUAAACUUUAUUUAUGUAUGGUUAAUGCAGAUUAUGUUGUUAGAAGCCUAUGUCCAGAUCCAAUCAUUACAGAAAACUGUGUCAGUGUGAAUGUUCAUGUUGCAAGUGUUCCCUUUUUUUAUACUGUGUAAACUGCAGUUUGU